AUGGCGGACCUUGUGCUUGGGUUGGCCAAGUCGACGGUGGAGGGGACGCUGUCCGUUGCCAAGUCAGCUAUUGAGGAGGAGGAGAAGCUGAAGAAGAGUAUGCAGCGCGACCUGAUGCUGAUCUCGGACGAGUUCGAGAUGAUGCACUCUUUCCUCAACGUUGCCAAGGAACGUGCCACCGACGAAAUGGUGAGGACCUUGGUAAGACAGGUUCGCAACACGGCCUUGGAUGUGGAGGACUGCAUCGAGUCGGUUGUCCUCGUGGAUGUUCACGAGUCCCGCUGGUGGCACCGCUUCGCCCGCUUGCUCCUACCCUGCAGCCUAUUCCUAGCAGAUGCGCCGGCUGCCGCCCUGGACGAGGCGGUCGCCGCUGCAGAGUUGCUCAAGUGCAGGGUGGAAGCCAUGGGGCAGAGGAACGAGCGCUACUGGCACAUCCGCGACACCGGCCCCAAGCCCACUGAAAAUCUGCAUCAGCAGGGCGUAGCCGAUGCAGCUGCAGCAGGCAUCCUUAAAGAGGCGAGGGACGCCAAGAAGAAGGUCGGAAACCCAAGGGAUCUGGCGAAGCUGAUCAAGAAGGAAGACGGCCAAAUCCUUCCUCUUCAAAUGAUGUCAUUGUGGGGAGCAGUAGGUGAUCUUGGGGUGGCGUCCAUCAUCAAGAAGACAUUGGAAGACCCAGAAAUUAGCACAACUUUCAGGUGCCGUGCCUGGGUGAAGCUGAUGCAUCCCUUCAAUCCCCAAGAGUUCGUGCGGAGCAUGAUCGCUCAAUUCUACACAAACGGUUCCUCGCAACGAGGAAGCACCGAAGAAUUGCUGAAACAGACAGAAAGCACCGCAGAAUUGCUGAAACAGACAGAUGCGGUGAUGGCUAUGGAAAGCACCCAGCUCAUCGAGGAGUUCCUCAAGCACGUGAGCGAUCACAAAUACCUAAUCUUCCUGGAAGAUAUGUCCAGCACCGUUGACUGGGAGGCUGUCAGGUUAUACCUUCCUGACAAGAAGAAUGGUAGCUGCAUCGUCGUGCACACCCAGCAACUCGAGGUUGCAAGUUUGAUCGUCGGACAAUCACACCAAGUAUUGGAGCUGGAGCAGUUCUCAACUGAGCAUUCUGUUUGUGUCUUUUACAAUGAGAAGCGUAACAGCGCAACAGACCUCAUCAAGCUGAUCAACACGAAAGACGAGGUCUAUACUCCACUUCAAGUGAUCGCAGUGUGCGGAAAAGUUGGCAAUCUUAAGGAGGCAACGGCAUCCAUCAUCGACAGGACCUGUGAUGAUAGCAACCCAGAAAUCUGCACAAAUCAUUUCAGGUACCGUGCUUGGGUGAAGCUAACGAGGGCGGAUGAUCAUAAGAGCUUUGAUUCCGUCAAGUUCAUCGAUAGCCUACUGGAUCAAUUGUGCACAAACUACUGUCCACGACAUGGAAGUGCCGAAGAUUUCCUGAAACUGAAAGGUUUGAAAAUGCUUACUGAAGCUGAAGUUAAACUCAAUGAAGAGUUCGUGAAGCAAGUGAUGAGAGACCAGAGAUACCUAGUCUUUCUUGAGGAUGUGUCCAGUAAGGAUGACUGGGACGCCGUCAGGAAAUACCUACCAGAAAAGACCGAUGGUAGCCGCAUUGUCGUGCACACCGAAGACCCCAAAGUUGGAAGCUCGUGCGUUGAACAACCACACGGAGAGCUGGAGCUGCUGUUCUCAGCUGAUCAUUCUGCUCGUGUCUUUUUCAAUGAGGGUAAGGACAAGGAGAUGACCAUGAAGAGGGAAGAUGCAAGGAAAUGGUUAGAGGAAAAUAAACUUGUUGGCCGCUGGGCAGAUAUAGAGUAUAUCGGCACUGACUAUACGGGAGUGCAACCCGUGUUCGGGAUUGCUGGUGUUGGUAAAUCAUAUAUUGUCAGACAUGUCUACUCCAAGAAAGUGAUUGAUGAGAAGAAACAAUUUGUAAAGUUUGGCUGGGUUGAAGUAUCAAGUCCAUUCAAUAUGAGAGACUUUUCAUGGAGCUUACUGUUGGAUUUGCACUCGGGAUGCCUCCAACAUGGUAGCUUGUUGAGAAUCAGAGACCCAAUUCAGGAAUGUCGUGAGCUUCUAGAAAAACAUGCUUGUCUCAUUGUUAUUGACGGUCUGCAGUCCAAGGAAGAGUGGGACUCGAUAAAAGAUGGCUUGGCCAUUAAACAUGACCACAAUAAAAGCCGUAUCAUUGUCAUUGCAAAUGAAGAAAGUAUCGCCACAUACUGUUCAGCUACUAACUGGUGGAAUGUCGAAGGCCUAGAAAUUGAGCAGGCGUUUGAUCUCUUCAUAAAAACGGUCGAAGCUAAAUGGAAUCGGCCCGCCGAAGGACGCCGUGAGCUGAGCCCCGAUGAUACUGAGAGAAUAAAAUCUUUCCUACACAAGUGCGGUGGACUUCCCAAAGUGAUAGUUGCUGUGGGUGACUUCAUUGGCGACGGACGGGGACUAAGCAACUUGGAUAACUUUAUGCAGCAGUUGGAGACUAACCAAGCAUUUGGCAGUUUAAGAAAUCUGUUUGCCUGGGUGAAUUCCUACUUCAAUACCUGCCCAGAUUCGCUGAAGCCAUGUAUCUUCUAUCUAUCAAUAUUCCCUGUGAACCAUAAGAUUCGGCGGAGGCGUUUGGUGCGGCGGUGGAUGGCUGAGGGCUAUUCCGCGGCCACCAAAGAAAGUACCGCGGAGGAGAAAGGGGAGAAAUCCUUUGUCGACCUCUGCGAGCUAUCCAUGAUCCAGUUGCCAGGAUCGACAAGUCUGUCCUACUCGAUGAGGAUGCCCUCGUGUAAAGUUAACGGUUUCUUCCGGGAAUACAUCAAAUCGCAGUCAAUGGAAGAGAACCUAGUAUUUGCAUUAGAGGGACACUGCAGUGUGAACUUGCAACGCACUGGACGUCAUCUCACCAUAGAGAAUACUUGGGACAGAGACAUUAGUGUGUACGAGAGCAUUGACUUCUCACGGCUUCGGUCACUGACAGUUUUUGGUAAGUGGGAGUCAUUCUUCAUCUCUGACAAGAUGAGGAUAGUCCGGGUGCUGGACCUGGAGGAUGCAUCGUCAGUAACAGAUGCUGACCUCGAACAGAUGGUGAAGCUGCUGCCUCGCCUCAAGUUUCUCUCCCUUAGAGGAUGCAAAGAGAUCACCCGUCUUCCGGAUUCCUUUGGUCGCCGGAUGAGGCAGCUCCGGACUCUGGAUAUCAGACACACUUGCAUUGUCAAGCUUCCACCAAGCAUAACCAAGCUAAAGAAACUGCAGCACAUUCGUGCUGGCACUACUGUACAACUGGAUAACACCAGCACUGUUGGAAGCCCACUACCACCACCACCAUCAGCAGCAGAAGGAUCAGUGUCAUCGGCAUCGAGCAGGCCUCGAGCUUCUACUCUGGUUUGCCGGAUCCGGUUGCCAGAGUUUUGCGCAGGCCGUGGCCAGCGGAUUUUUUCGGGCUCUUGUAAUGGUGGCGUUGAGGCGCCUCGAGGGAUUGGGGAAAUGAUGGCCUUACAUAAUAUCAGUGUCAUCGACGUUAGUGUUGCAAGCGGGCGGGCAAUCCUGGAAGAGCUCAAGAACCUUACCCAAUUGCGCAAGCUUGGAGUCUCUGGCAUCAAGCUGGACAACCACAAGGAGUUGUGUUCUGUCAUUUCAGGUCACCCCCAUUUGAAAUCCUUGUCAAUGUGGCUCGACAAGAAUCAGGCUGGCUGUUUGGAUGGCAUUUCCCCUCCCCCGGAGGAACUACAGAGCCUUAAGCUGUAUGGGUAUUUAGGCAAGCUGCCAGAAUGGAUUAAGCAGCUGUCGAAUCUCACAAAAUUGAAAUUGCAGAUGGACAAGAUAACGCAAUUUGAUGUUAAUAUCCUCAAGUUUUUACCAAGCCUAGAGACUUUAUGUCUUUAUCCCAAGGACUUUGAAUAUGGAGAGCUCCGGUUCAGAGGACGUGGAUGCUUCUGCCGACUCCUGGUCCUCGAGGUUGGUUGCAACUCCAGAUUAGAGUCUGUCAUAUUUGAGUCCGGUGUAAUGCCUUGGCUUGAGGUCCUCAAAAUCCCCUGCUAUCAUGUGUCAUCCUUGGAGUUUUCUGGGCUAAAUGAGCUAGGCGAUCUCAGGGAAGUCUCACUUAGUGGUUCCUUUGAUGACCAAGUGAAGCAACACUUGCAGAGCAAACUUAAACAGCACCCCAAGGAAGUGAAGCCUGUUUUGAAGGUGAACAAGGUUCGUUCUAAUGGCCACUGA